CCGGUGCCGAUAGACAAUAGGACACACAUCAUGACUAUUGUUCUGCUACAGCUGCUUGUUCUGUUUGCUGCGUUUUCGUGCACAAGCGGCGAUAGUUCACGACCAAAAGUUUUAAUUCUCGGAGGCGGUCUGGCUGGUCUUCGAGUGGGGCAAGUCUUGCAGCAAAAUGGCGUUCGCGACUUUCUCAUUCUCGAAGCGGACAACAAACUUGGAGGCAGGUUUCUCUCCUAUUGCUUGCCAGACGUGCCUGCAUGCGUGAGCGACAUCAACGUGGAGCCCUCACUACCGUCACCUCAUCCAAUUCGAGAGUUGUUCGACAAAUGCAAUAUUGCCUACGCACCAGAAGCUCUGGCAACCCAAAAGGCAGUGGAUGACUCAGGGAACGACGUAAGCGCUGAACUAAAUUUAACGAGUCAACGCCUAGACAGAACAUACUACGAUUUGUUCCUUAACUGGAAACCAGAAGAAGAUGACAUGAACGUGCAAGGUGCUUAUAGCCUCUAUGGAUGGCAUCCUCGAACUACCGUAGAAUUGGCACUAGACGUUUUCUACACAGACUUGCUCUUAGCAGCCAAACCAUCCGAGCUGUCUAUGCACGUAUACCACAAUAUAAUGUCUGCCUCCUUUGAUUUAUUCGACGGUUCAAUCUACCUUUACAACGUUAGAAACAGUCUCAACGGGAAUCAAGAUCUCGUCGACUGUUUGACGAAGAGUUUCUUAGAUGAAACGGACGUGCGUGUAAAACUGAACACAAGAGUGACUCAAAUACAAUACAGCGGGUCAGGCGUGGUGGUCACCACAUCGGAUGGAAAGAAGUAUGAGGCAGACUAUACCGUCGUCACGUUCUCAUUGGGUGUCUUGCAGCAAGAGACGGUGAAAUUCAUUCCGUCUCCAAAUUAUGCUAAGAGAAAGGCGAUCAAUAAGUUCCGUAUGGGUUAUUACACUUUUGCAUACUCUCAGUUUCCCAACAAAAUCGAUGGUUCGAUUGCCAGAUCGAAUCAAGAACCUCUUCAUUACAUUAGUGUGUCAUCGCAUCGCCAUGUCAACCACUUCUUUUAUGAAGUUUUUGAAACUAUUGAAGAGAAAAUGAACCACUCGCAACCCUAUAACCUCUUUCUUAGCUGGAUUGCUGGCGACGACGCUUUGCGGGUGGAAACCCAAGAGAUAAAUAGGACAACAGAGGAAUUGACGGAGAUGUUUCAACGCUUUUUUGGUGAUUCUACUCCCCAGCCUAAAGUGUUUGUCAGUCAAGCCAAUACCAAUCCUCUCUAUUAUGGGGCCAUUCCGAGCUUUCCUAGUGGAGCGACGUACGAAGAUUAUGACAAGUUGAGAGAACCGCUUGAGAGAGUGUUCUUUGCUGGAGACGCUUAUUAUAUGACUGAAAGUUUCAAUGGUGCCACGCGUGCUCUCUACAGUGGAAAUGAAACGGCAAUAGCGUUGAUUAAAUGUAUGAAUGGAGGUUCAUGUGCUAUGAGAAAGUAUGCUGCAACACAACCGCUGCAGUGUCCAACAAGUGCAACAUCAGGGAGUGGUCACAGUCUGAUCACUAUUGUCCUAUUCACAGUAACAACGGUCCUAGUGCGCACUUCUAUGUGAUGUUUCACUUUGUCAGCAAUCUGCUUGGUAGAGACAUGAAGAAAACAGCUGGUUUUGGUUUGAGUGUUGUUUGUUUCUCAGAUUUGUCUAACUUACCAGUAGCGAAAGCGUUGUUUGCACGUAUUUCAGUUGGAGUGAGCCAUUAGGUUUAAUGAGACUAACUACUAUAGUGCGAAUCUAUACCGAAACAGUGCAAGUCUGAAAUUUCUUGGACUUAUAUUACUAUGAGUGCGUUAUGCAUAAA